CACGAAAUACCAUUCACGAUCGCAAGCCGAUAAAACUGAACUUUCUUCCUUCGGUCGUUAAACUCGAGAGAGUAAUUUUCAACGAACCCGAAAAGAAACUAACUGCAUACUUUUAUCGAUUCGACGUUGUACAAAAUCGAACGUUCAACGUAAUUCGACAUGAAAGCAACUUCAAAGCAAAAGGGAAAGGCAAAGUUAAAGCAAGUCGUUUCUUUUUAUUACUGACCGUUUUUAAUAACGAUGACGUCAAAAUUGUAUUCAAAUAAUUUCCAUACCUUUGACAAACUCGUCUUUAAAAACUCAACAUCGACACCUCGAGGAACCUUCAAAGUAUAAAAACGUAGAAAAGUUCAAAGUCUCAAAGCUGUGAUCGAGUUGCGUGUACCUAAUGAGCUUCCUCGUAAAUUGAUACUUUUCGGAAUUCCUAACUAAGAAAGGCGAGCGAGUUUGCGCGAGCUUACGCCUUUCUUUUACGUAAAACGCGGUCGCUCUUACUUCCGGUGUCCUUCGCAAGCUCGCGCGGAAGCAGGACGGAUUAACCUGCGCACCUGCGAGGAACCUCAGAGCGAUCGCGAAAGCUCGUAAACGCGCCAGUUAGAAUCUAGAUUUCGUCUAGAAUACAUCUCGCCUUUUUCGACGAGCUUUUCCUACUUUUCGAUUAAGGACUCGAUUCUCCAUGAUCUUGAACGGGAAAAGAAAAGAAAAAAAAUGAAGACACUGAUGAUUUUAAUGAUAGAGAGGACGAUCGUCUCGGCUACAGCGUGAUCGAUCGCAAGAUAAAUAAAGUUUCUUGCACGUCUUACCGUCCUCUUGGCAAUCCUAUGAAACAUAUCAUGCUCCGGCAUGGCAGUAAAAUGCUUGGAAGGACCUUUCGUAUUCAGACUCAACGAGAACGGCGCAGGACCUCAUCUACUCGUACAGGUUUGCACGGAACGAGGAUGGAGGGAAUACGCGGGAGAAAAUAAUGUAUUCAAAGAUCGAUGGAAUUUAUGGUGGCGAUCCGGUGGUUUUCCUCUUACCCAAUUCAAACCAUUAUUUCCUUGGCAGUUCGUUAAUCGAAUACCAAAGGGAAACUCGAUCUGUAGAAAGGACAAUCUCGUGCGUCAUUUAAAAUGCAUGAAAAAGGGCCAUGGCUCGAUUUACGAUUUCAGUCCUAUAGGAUAUAAUUUACCUUCGGAAUAUACGAAACUCGCGGAAGAUUGUAGUCGUUACGAGAAGGAUGAUAGAGUGUGGAUUUGCAAGCCGGUUAGCCAAAGCCAAGGAAGAGGAAUAUUUCUUUUCCGUAAAUUAAGCGAUCUCUCGUACAACAAUUCCGCUGUUGUACAAAGGUACAUAGAAAAUCCUCUUCUCAUCGGUGGCUACAAGUUUGACUUACGUCUUUACGUUUGCGUACCUUCUUAUCGUCCUUUGACGAUAUAUCUUUACAAAGAAGGAAUAGCUCGAUUUGCCACCGAGAAAUUUUCCUUGGAACGGUUGGACGAUCCUUUCCGUCAUUUAACGAACUUCUCCUUGAACAAACUAGGUCCAGGAUAUUCGGAAAAAAAAGAACGCAUUGGUGCUGGUUGCAAGUGGACUUUGAGACAACUCAGACGAUACUUCGAGCAGGCUGGAUACUUCGACUGGUUUCUCUGGCAAAGAAUAGCUUGUCUCGUGAGUUUAACGAUUAUAAGUCAAGCAGCUGGUAUACCAAGCUCAUCUAAUUGUUUCGAAUUCUUUGGCUUCGACGUGCUAAUCGAUGAAAAUUUAAAACCAUGGUUAUUGGAGGUAAACCUUAGUCCAGCUCUAAGCAACGAAUGUGAGAUCGAUUCGGAAGUGAAGAAACCAUUAUUACACGAUUUGUUCGAUCUGUUAGGCCUUCCAGUCUGUAACACUGGACUAUCAUUGUUUAAGAUCUGGUCUUACGAUCGAGUAAACGAAGAAAACUCGUCUUCCAAACUUUGUGCGAAUCGUUCUACGAAGAAAAAAUCCAAAUUUAAUCGAAACGGUGGCACCAUCAUGAAUCUAUAUAGUGAAACACGUUCUGCCUUUAGGAAAUCUUCAGAAAUGUGUCCGACUUCUUGGUCUCGUUAUAAUCCUUUAUUGAUGGACAAAUGCAUUCGACGUGACUUCAAAGGCAAUAACAUCAAUAAUCAUUCAACUUCGACAUGGGAUAACGGUAGAGAUUGGAGCGCUCCUUGCGUUCGAGAAGGCGGAUGGGUUCGCAUUUGUCCAUUAACAAGAUUGAAACAUUCCAAAAAUGCUGAAUUUUCACAGGCAGAUGCAUCGCGUUCCAUUGAAAGAGAAAUCAAAGACACGAUUCUUUGUAUAAACAAGUACUUAAAAGCUGCCAAAGAUAUUCAACGAGGAAACGAAAAACAAAAAGACGACCAAUAUAAUGCUCUUCUGCAAGCUUCGCUUAAUUUAAAUGCAGAAGUCUGGCUGCCAGAAAAGUAGAACGUAGAUAUUUAUCUUUAUACUUGGUAAGAAAUGUAUAUUUUAUGUUGCAAACGGACAACACAUUGGUCCAAAGUUAAACGCAGUUAACUGCUUUUGUCGAUUGAAAUCUUCUCUUGCAUAUGUGUUCAUUAAACUUAUAAAAUAUUAAGGAUACUU